CCGGACUGCGCCAAGUUGGGAGCAGCUGUGGGCGCGGGGCCUUCAAGAUGAGGCCGGCGCUCACCCUGUGCCUCCUCUGGCAGGCGUUCUGGCCCCGACCCGGCGGUGGCGAGCACCCCACCGCCGAUCGCGCGGGCUGCUCUGCCUCGGGGGCCUGCUACAGCCUGCACCACGCGAGCAUCAAGCGGCUGGCGGCCGAGGAGGCCUGCAACCUGCGCGGCGGGGCGCUCAGCACGGUGCGCGGAGGCGCUGAGCUCCGCGAGGUGUUCGCUCUCCUGCGGGCAGGCCCGGGGCCCGGAGGGGGCUCCAAAGACCUUCUGUUUUGGGUGGCGCUGGAGCGUAGGCGGUCCCAGUGCACCCUGGAGAGCGAGCCGUUGCGGGGUUUCUCCUGGGUGCCCCCCGACGUCCACGUCGAUGGGUUGGAAAACGAAACGCUGCCGUGGGUGCAGGAGCCCCAGCGCUCUUGCGUUGCGCGAAACUGCGCGGCGCUCCAAGCCGCCGAGGGAGUGGAGCCCGCAGGCUGGAAGGAGAUGCGCUGCCACUGGCGCGCCCACGGCUACCUGUGCAAGUACCAGUUCGAGGGCUUGUGCCCGGCGCCGCGCCCCGGGGCCGCCUCGGACUUGAGCUACCGCGCGCCCUUCCAGCUGCACAGCGCGGCGCUGGACUUCAGUCCCCCGGGGACCCAGGUGAGUGCGCGCUGCCCGGGGCAGCAAUCCACCACGGCCACCUGCAUCGUGGACGGGGUCGGCGCUCGCUGGGACGGGAUACCCUCCGGGGCUGUGCUCUGUCCCUGCCCCGGGAGGUACCUCCGCGCAGGCAAAUGCGCAGAGCUCUCUAACUGCCUGGACGACAUGGAAGGCUUUGUCUGCGAGUGUGCUGCGGGCUUCGUGCUGGGGGAAGACGGACGCUCUUGUGUAACCUACGGAGAAGGACAGCCGGACCCGGGGGGAGCCAAGGGGCCCACCAGGCACCCCCUGGCCACUGCAACCAGCCCCAUGCCGAGGAGAACAUGGUCACCCAGGGGCCCUGAAAAACCAGGAGAGAGGCCCCAGGUCCCUGGACAAGGCAGUUCAGCAACAUCUAUUUCUGAGAUUCCUGGGUGGGGAGCAAAGAGCACGAAGCCCACCCUGCAGAUGUCCCCUCAAGCCAACUCAGAGGCCACCAUCACUUCUCCAGGAAGCGUGAUUCCCACGUCUAAUGCCACGUCUUCCUCUAACAUGCCCAAGGCUUUGGACUCCUCCUCCACCGUGGUCUUCAUACUUGAAACGUCUGCUGACAACAAAUUUUCUCAAAUUUUGUUUAUUUGAGAAUGCUUUAAUUUCUUCUUUAUUUUUGAAGGAUUGUUUUUGUGGACAUAGAAUUUUUAGUUGAUAUUUUCUUUUUAAUGCUUUGAUUAAGUCAUCACACUGCCUUCUGGGCUCUAUAGUUUUUGAUAAAAGUUAGUUCAUUUUUGGAGAGCAUUAUGCUAAGCGAAGUAAGUC